CCCCCUCCGCCCCUCCUCCUUCUCCUCCGCCUUCUCCUCCGCCUCCUCCACCCUCCCCUUUGCCCCUCCUCCCGCCGGAGCGAGCGAGCGAGAUGGCGGCCGCUGGGGCUCUGGCGAAGCACGAGCAGAUCCUGGUGCUCGAUCCGCCCACCGACCUCAAAUUCAAAGGUCCCUUUACAGAUGUAGUAACUACAAAUCUUAAACUACGAAAUCCAUCAGAUAGAAAAGUAUGCUUCAAAGUGAAGACCACAGCACCUCGUCGAUACUGUGUGAGGCCAAACAGUGGAAUUAUUGACCCAGGAUCAUCUGUAAUUGUUUCAGUAAUGCUGCAACCUUUUGACUAUGACCCAAAUGAGAAGAGUAAACACAAGUUUAUGGUACAAACAACCUAUGCACCACCAAAUAUUACAGAUAUGGAGGCAGUGUGGAAAGAAGCAAAACCUGAUGAGUUGAUGGACUCCAAAUUGAGAUGUGUGUUUGAAAUGCCCAAUGAAAAUGAUAAACUGAAUGAUAUAGAUGCAAGCAAAUCUGCCCCAGUACUGAACACAUCUAAGCAGGAUGGACCGAUGCCAAAACCACAUAGUGUUUCACUUAAUGACACUGAAACAAGGAAGCUCGUGGAGGAGUGCAAAAGACUUCAGGCAGAGAUGAUGAAGCUGACAGAUGAAAAUCGGCACCUGAGAGAUGAAGGCUUGAGGCUCAGAAAGGUAGCGCACUCGGAUAAAUCUGGAUCACCCACAGCUUUGGCCCUCAGAGAUAAUGGCUCUAAUUCUCUUCCUUCACUUCUUGUUGUAAUUGCAGCCAUUUUCAUUGGAUUCUUUCUAGGGAAGUUCAUCUUGUAGAAAGAAUGAGUGAGAGAAGCAUGCAAAACUGCAGCUUCCUUUUUUUUUUGUUUUUGGUUUUUUGUUUUUGUUUUCUCUUGGCCAGAAAAAGGUUUGUUUACCUACCACAUCAUGGGUAGUAUGGCCCGAGCGGCCGUUCUUGUGUACAGCAUCAUAACAGGCUUUGCCUUUAAUGAUCUCGCACGGUUAGAAAACACAAUCUGAAAAGACAAACUGUUCAGCUGCUGGACAAAAUUGUACAUUCAGUCAUCAAUAGCAGGUAUCAGUUGCACAGUCAGUCCUUUAUGAAACUUCAUAAAUAAAGAAUUGUUCUUUCUUUCUGUGGUUUUAAUAAGAAUUCGAAAAUUGUUCAGAGUCUUGUAAAUGUUAUUUUAAUAAUCCUUUAAAAUUUUAUCUGUUGCUGUUACCUCUUGACAAAUGAUUUAUUAGAUUGCUAAUCCCACUCAUUCAGGAAUAUGACAAGAGGUAUUCUGGGGGAAAUGGUGCCUCUUACUGUGUAAAUUUUCUCCUUACCUUACUUUGCUAAUAUCAUGGCAGAAUUUCUUUCUUAUUCCUUGUGAGGCAUUGUUGAGAGUUCUUCAUCCUUAACAGUCCUGUCCCAUAAUAUUUAACAUGACAAAAGAAAUAAAAUUGUUAACAGAUUUUUCUGCUGGGUA